UUCUCUCUCUUUUCUGUCUCUGCACAACUUUCGAAGUUUGAGAAACAGUAAUGGAAGAAGAAACUGAUUCACUCUAAGAACUUAUGUGCUGUAAAAUAUAAACAAGGAAAGAAAACCCAAAAACGGAAAAGAAAAAUUCUCUCUCUCUCUCUUUUUUUUCUUUUUUCUCUCCAUCUUUCUCUCCCUCUCCUAAGUUUUUCUUCUGUUUUUGUAAUUAUAUAUUUUUAUAUUCUUGUAAAACUGGUCUGAGCAAAGCAGAAGAAGGAGAAUUAUGUGCUGCAUUAUUAGUUCUUACACGUCCUGAUUCUGCAGUUAAGGUUCCCUUUGUAGGGGGAACCAAAGGGGUCUUUCUAUAUCACUUGCUUUCUUUGUCUGUCACUCUCUUUCCAAAUUCUCAUUUGCAUUUUUUUUUGCCCCAUCAAAACCCAAUGGCUGAUGAAGAAUCCUCAGCAACUCUUCCCUUUGACAGAGCUGUUCAACAGGCGAUUAUCUCUGUAAAAAAGGGUGCAUAUCUUUUGAAAUGUCGGCAGAGUGGGAAGCCCAAAUUCUGCCCUUUCAGACUUUCAGCGGAUGAGAAGUUUUUGAUUUGGUAUUCGGGACAGAAUGAAAGACAGUUGAGACUAAGCUCUGUCACAAAGAUUAUUCCCGGGCAAAAGACUGUUAGUUUCCAGCGGCAACUGCAACCUGAAAAAGAGUCUCAGUCAUUUUCACUUGUAUAUGCAAAUGGAGAACGCUCACUUGAUCUGAUAUGCAAGGACAGAGUGCAAGCUGAUUCUUGGAUACUAGGAUUGAGAGUUGUAAUAUCUAGGUGUCACCAUCCUAGACCAUUUAACAGUUGGAGGGGUUGCAGAGGGGUACAGAGUUGUGUCAAUAGUCCAGCUGGUGUCAUUCGGAGAAAGUGUAACCUCGGACUUUUGGAGGAUGGCAGUGAAUUUUCUCAGGUCCGUAGCCUGUGUGGGAGUCCUACCCUGUCACUAUCAGAGAGGUGCCUUUCUGAUGGCUUAUCAUAUUCCUGUAAUAGCUUUUAUUCAUCAGAGUCAGCGCUAUCGGCUAUGCGGAAUGUAAUGGAUAUGUCAAUACCAAAUUCACCAUAUAUCGAACCAGAUCACCUCAAGAAGAGGGUACCAUCAUAUGUUGAUGAAGAAUACAAAAAGAAUAUGCCUCAUAGGUUGACUGCUCCUACUUUUGGAUCUCCACAAAUUGAAAAGAGAGAUAUUUUGAAGGACGUCAUGAUCUGGGGUGAACGAAUAGAAGAGAGUGUAGAGAUUGCAGGCAAUAUAUCUGUUAACCACAAUGGGGUACAUGUGGAUGCUUUGUUGCCGACAUUACUAGAAUCCACUAUGAUGUUGGAUAUACAGAAUAUAUCUAUAGGCGGGAAACAUGCUGCCUUAGUUACGAAACAAGGAGAAGUCUUUUGCUGGGGUGAAGCAAAUGGAGGAAAGCUCGGGCACAAAAUUAAUAUGAAUAUGAACUGCCCUAAACUGAUUGACUCCCUUCAUGGGGUCCAAGUAAAAUCUGUUGCCUGCAGUGAAUACCAAACAUGUGCUCUGACAUAUUCUGGUGAGCUAUACACAUGGGGUGGCACUUCUUCUGGUGCUACUUUAAUGGGUGCAGAACAGAAUAGGAGUCAAUGGUUACCAUGUAAACUUUCGGGUCCUUUGGAUGGUGUAAUUAUAUCAAAUGUUGCUUGUGGGGAAUGGCAUAUAGCAAUGGUGUCCACUUCGGGGCAGUUAUUUACGUAUGGAGAUGGAACUUUUGGGGUUUUGGGGCAUGGGAAUUUGCAAAGUGUGUCUCACCUGAAAGAAGUCGAAUCACUCAAGGGUUUGCGGGUAAAAUCUGUUGCCUGUGGGUCAUGGCACACAGCUGCCAUUGUUGAAAUCAUGGUUGAUUGUUUCAAAUACAAUGCAGUUGGUGGAAAAUUAUUUACAUGGGGUGAUGGAGAUAAAGGAAGGCUUGGACAUACCGAUCAUGAUAAAAAGCUUCUACCAACUUGCGUUGCACAACUUGUGGAGCAUGAUUUCAUUCAAGUUUGUUGUGGAAGAAUGUUGACUGUUGGAUUAACCAAACAAGGUACAGUUUACACAAUGGGAAGUGUAGUACAUGGGCAGUUAGGGAAUCGACAGGCCAAGGAUAAAUCAAUCACAUUAGUAGAAGGAAAACUCAAAGAAGAGUUUGUUAAGGAAAUAGCAUCAGGCUCAUAUCAUGUUGCUGUUUUGACAGCUAGUGGCGGUGUUUAUUCUUGGGGGAAGGGUGCAAAUGGACAGUUAGGAUUAGGUGAUACUGAAGAUCGAAACUCUCCAACCCUUGUGGAGGCCCUAAGAGACAGGCAGGUAGAAAGCAUUAUUUGCGGGUCAAAUUCCACAGCUGCGAUCUGCUUACACAAAUCAAUUUCUGUUUCUGAUCAAUCCACUUGUAGUGGAUGUAAGCUUCCUUUUGGGUUUACAAGGAAGAAGCACAACUGUUAUAAUUGCGGUCUUCUAUUCUGCCAUGCAUGUAGUAGUAAGAAGGCUGCAAGAGCAUCUCUGGCACCUAGCCAAAGCAAGUCUUUCCGAGUCUGCGAUCCAUGCUUCAAUAAUCUGCAAGAAAAAGCACACUUAGGUGGGCUAGUGAAUUUAGAAGGUCAUGAUAUGAAGCAACUGACAGAACAGAAGGUACUACCAGAAGAGAAAGAAAGUAAGGGAGCCAUAACUCCUAAAUAUGGUCAAAUAUUUUCGGUGAAACAGUCUUCUAAUAAGGAAAGCCAGUUAAAUGGAAAGACGACUAUGAAAGAACAAGUGGAAACCCAGCAAAAUCUCGGUUCUGUUCCUCUGUUGAGUGGAUUACCACGAUGGGGGCAAGUUCAGUGCCCUGCUUUAUUUAAAGUACAUUGUAAAGCAGAUUCUGUAGCUCAUGGGCAUCAAUCCAGAUGUAAAUUAUCUUCUGUCGCCCCAUCACAUUCAGAUUCCAAUUUAUCCAUUGCUGCUGAUGCAGAGAAAAGCAUGCCAUCAUCAGAUGAGAUGCUCAUUCAAGAAGUUCAGAGGCUGAGAGCUGAGGCAGCAAGCCUUGAUAGGAAAUGUCAGAUUGAAAGCCAGAAGAUACAAGAAUGUCAACAAAAAAUUGAGGAUACGUGGGCUAUUGCAAGGGAGGAAGCUGCUAAAUGUAAGGCAGCGAAGGAAGUUAUUAAAGCAUUGGCAUUAAGGCUUCACAAAAUGUCAGAAAAUGUCUCGGCUGGAAGAGAAGCCCGAGAUGGUGUCAAUACAAAUGUUCCUCAAGCCGCACCUGUGCAUGUUGAUACUCCUGCUUUGGCAAGUGUACGGCGCAGAUUAGUUGCUAAAGAUUUGUCUCCUGAAGUUAAAAUGCUGAAUGACAAAAAAGUAGUUGGUGUAUCGAAUUCUCCUGUUAUGUUCUCUAGCACGCUCAAAUUCUUGUAUGGGAGAGAUGCAUGCCAUGACAGUGGCAAAUCAGAGCAGGAUUCCAAUGUUUCAAGAACAGAAUCCCAAGAGAAAGAAACCAAGUCAUCGAAGUUCGAAUGGGUAGAACAAUAUGAACCUGGUGUAUAUAUCACUUUCACUAAAUUGUCAAAUGGUCAGAAGGCUCUCAAGAGAGUGAGAUUUAGCCGGAAAAAAUUCAGCGAGAAGGAAGCUCAGCGAUGGUGGGAAGAGAAUCAAGUUCUAAUGUACCAGAAGUAUGAUAUAGAAGCAUAUGAAAACUCUACACCAUAGCCCUUUUUAAGGGCAAAUUUUUACUUGCCCUUAAGUCUUCUUCUUUUUUUUUUUUUUUUUGGGGUAUUUUUUAAGGGCUUGUGUCCACCUGAACACGUAGCUAGUGGAUAAUAGAUUUUGUGAGAAAAUUGUUGCAGGGAGAGGAUAUAACUGUUGAGGGGUAAGCAUAUGUUUCUGUUCAUAUGAAUUAUGCAUCUUAUAAUGUAAUCCAAGUGUACAGUAAUUGAAAGAGCAAUAAACAAAUAUCGAUGCAACUAAAUGGUGUUACUGAUUAAUCUA